AUGGCCUGGUUCAUCGUUCAAGAACUGAAGGUUAAGAAGAAUGAAACCGUCAUCUUCUUGUCGGGAAUGGAUACGUUUGAAAAAUCAAGGAAGAUGGCUGAAGUUCUAAGAUUCGUUUGUGAGUUGUCAUCAGAUGCUGUCGGCAUUGUUUUUGAUCAUCUACAUUAUAUCGCAGAGAAAGAAGGUCUCACAAAUUACAAUUUCACUAGGACGCCUGCAGACGAAGAUUUGUCUGGUAAACAAUGCGCCUUUAUUAAACUCUGUGUCGAUUGUUUGUUCUGUUGUCCGGCCUCAAACAGACCAGCUGUGUAUUCUGCAUUUCUCUCAUGUGUUAACCAUGUUGUAAUACUUGAUAAGAAACACUCGUCUAUUGCUGCCAAAACGCACUUCUUCAAUAACACCGACAGCUCUCCAAACUAUUUAUUUUACUCACGUUGGAACACUAAUUAUGAUGAUCUUCUAUCCAUAUGGUUUGACUUGAACGCGGUCGUUUUAACGUGCUCUGGAGAAAUUGAAGAUGUAAAAAAAUACGCCGAUUUACGCCAUGCGGACUUUUUCCUCAAAAAAAGCGAAAAGAGAAUCUUUAUCUAUCUUCAUCGCAUAACAGAUAAAGUACUUCACUCUAAACUGCUUUCUGAAUUGAUCUCAGCGCCGGUUUGUCCUUCUCAGCCACCUGUGGAUAAUCUGGGAAAGAAUGAAGACAACGACAUUGCGCUUUCUUUGACUGAGAACAGAUCUGACCAGACACAACAACAUUGUGUGUCACUGGUGAGAGAGGUUAAUUUAUUCGUGAAAACAGUUGAGGAUUUUGUUCUGUUGAAGAACUUGUUGCCUUUAGUAACAGCUCCUCGAGAUAUUGCUAUAUGGGGGAGCGUGACAGAUACCUUGGAAGGUAAUUCGAUUGAGAGCGCGAUUUACGAAAUUAAUUUUACUGACAAUCUCCACAAAUUAGAACUUUCCUAUCUCGAUCUAACAGGAAAGUGUGCUGCUUUUAUUGCUGAGUCACUGCACCACUCUCCAAACUUGCAUGAGCUCUGCUUGUCAAGGAACCCCUUACACAGCGGUGUGAGUCAUUUGGCUGAGAAUCUUCAUCACGUGCCACAGUUGACUGAGUUAGAGUUAGUUGAAGUACAAAUGGGAGAAAAGGAAUGUGCUGCACUGGCUUCCUCACUACAGUACUUAAACAAGUUAGAAAGACUGAUUAUAUCAGAAAAUGCAUUGGGUCACGGGAUUAUUGAACUGGCCAAGAACCUGAACAGUGUACCUACUCUGACCUCACUGGACCUGAAGAACACAAAUAUGGGUGAAGAUGAAGCAUCAGCACUGGCUCGUGCACUGAAGGAUGCACCAGAGCUGAGAUAUCUUAGUUUAGGGUCCAAUCCACUUGGCAGAGUAGUCAGGGACCUGGUCCAGCACCUCAGUAGCGUUCCUAAACUGAAGUCCCUGAAUCUGGAUGGUGUUCCGAUGACAAAGACAGAGCUUAAAAUGCUGUUUUCAGCCUUAAAUGGAAGAGAAAUUACAUUGUAUACCGAUUACCAUGUAACUGAUCUGGCAGGUGGAGAGUGGAUCAAUCGACUUCUUACAAAAGCUGAGCUGAAAGAAAGAAGAAUAAGGUUCAGAAAAGAGCUAGAUGAUGAUGAUGAUGGUGACGAUUACAGAAGAAAGGACAUGUUUUGUGUUCAUACAGUUGUACCAGCGAACACUGAAAAGUGA